GGCAGGUGCUGCGUCUUGAGCUUCGAUACCGUAAACGUAGAACAAGGCCAAUAACCAGUCAUCGGUUCUGUUCCAAUCUCACAGAAGUCAUCACAUUACAUACAUCAGGGAAACAUCUUGAAGUGUCUAUGGCUUGUAUUGCCGUCUAUUUACUCUUUCUACUCUCUUAUUCUUACCCCCUCAUUCCCUGUCGCCAGGAACCUCUCUCACUCGCGCGCGGGAUCCUCCAAUCCCGCAGCGAGAUGGGUCAUUCCUUCAUCCGGCGAUUUCAUUUCAAGGGGAAUCUCAUGGGUGCUCGUCAAAGAAAUCAUAAACAGGCCCGUAACCAUGCAACCCGCGUUACCGAAAAAAGACUUUUGUAAGGCUCGUGACAAAUGGAAAGGAAAGCGAUCUCGUGGCGACUGAUUUACAAGUCGUCCUCGUCGGAGAA